GGCGGCGGUCACGUGGUCCGGCGGCGGUGACGGCGACAAGAUGGCGCGCUGCGCGGCCGUGGGGGACGUGGUGUUGGCCGGAGACCUGCUGACUUUUCCGGCCGCACAUGGGGCCAAGGUGCUGUGCGGACCCGGCCUGCGGCGGCAGGGUUCCGGCCUGGGACUGGCCGCUUGUAAAUCGGGGAUCCUCAGGCACAAGGAGCCCUCGGUCUACUGGGUGGAUUCGCAGCAGAAGCGGUAUGUACCAACUAAAGGUGAAUAUGUGAUAGGAAUUGUGACCACAAAAUCUGGUGACAUAUUUAAAGUUGAUGUUGGAGGAAGUGAACAAGCCUCAUUAUCUUAUUUAGCAUUUGAAGGAGCCACAAAGCGAAACCGACCAAAUGUGCAAGUCGGAGAUCUUGUCUUUGCACAGUUUGUUGUGGCCAAUAAAGAUAUGGAACCUGAACUGGUUUGCAUUGAUAGCUGUGGACGAUCGAAUGGGAUGGGAGUGAUUGGACCUGAUGGAUUAUUAUUUAAGGUUUCACUGAAUAUUGCACGCAAGUUACUUUCUCCGAACUGUGAAGUCAUCAAGAAUCUUGGGGAUUUGAACCCCUUUGAGAUAGUGAUUGGAAUGAAUGGACGGAUAUGGGUAAAAGCCAAAACAAUUAAACAUACAUUACUUGUAGCCAAUGUAUUAGAAAGCUGUGAAAACAUGACCACAGAUCAAAGGAAACGUGCCUUCAAAAAAUUGUCUGAGAAUGUGCCGUGAAUCUCAGCCAUUUCUGAUUCAGUAAAGGCAUUUGUAAGUUCUGUACAUUAGCCUGAAAAAAUCAAUGCUGGAUGGAAAAGUCAAGAUCAUGCACUGAGUUUGAUGACUUUACAAACGUAUUGGUUGUUAGAAGUCUCACAAUGUUGUCAAACAUGUUUAAAAUAUUUAACAACAUACAACUUUUGAAUAUGUUGAAAUAUUCUAGCUGUUGAUGGUCAAAUAUGACUUAUUUCUGCAACAUACUUGAAUUCUCAAUCAAAUUAGUACAAUAGCUGAUCAGCCAACAGCUUGAUAAAACAGAAACAAUAUCCAGGUUGUGCUCCAGUGUUAAAAUUGAAAGAAAAUGGGCAAUUUAUUUGGACGUUUAAACAAGUGAGGUUUACAGUCUUGAUGUAAUAUUUGAACUUUUUUAUUUCUAAAUAUUGUAUGUUUUUUAAUGUUCAGAAUUAUCAAAUUAUGGUUUUCCUAUUUUCUUUAUACCACACAAUUCAAUAUGAUUUGGGAAACUGACAGAUUAUAGAAAUAAAAAUUAUAUAGUUCUGAUAGUAA